UUCACCAAAAAAUUGAUUAACUUCUACGAUAUCAUUUCAAAUUGUUGCGGAGUAAUUACAGUUACUGGUCUAAGAGAUACACUAAACAAUCAAAACAAACAGUCACUAUGAGACAUAUCAUCGUCUAUCUGAGCACAAUCACGGGUCGGCUAAUCCAUUCUAAAUCAAUGAUCAAAUGUUUUAGAAAACAAAACUAUCCGGCAGCCCAACGAAAUUCCGAACCAAUAUUGAAUGUUCUGCGAACGGUGUUGGAUGGUAAGCGGCCAGGCCUAAAACUUUUGGAGAUAUCAUCGGGAUCAGGCCAACAUACCGCAUACUUUGCACCACAUUUUCCUAACAUAACGUUCCAACCGACCGAAUACGAUGCCAGUUUGUUGGAGAGUAUUCAAUGUUGGAAAGAGGACACUCAGGCAGACAAUAUCUGCUCACCGAUGCAAAUAAAUGUGAUGACACCGCAUAAAGAUUGGGGUGUAAAUCCAUCGAAAUCGGGACCGUACCUAACCGGGCAACAGAACACUGAUUUUAAAGACAUGACCGGUCAGCUGGACUACAUUCUCAACAUCAACAUGAUUCACAUUUCCCCCUUCGAAUGCACUGAAGGUUUGUUUCGAAAUUCGUCGAGUUUGUUGAAGACGAAUGGGGCUCUCAUUACUUAUGGACCAUAUGGGGUGGAUGGAAAAAUUACACCGCAAAGCAAUGUCGAUUUCGAUAGAAGUUUGCGGAGAAAUGACUCUCGAUGGGGUGUGCGAGAUUUGACAAUGUUAAGCGAAUUUUGUCGUCAAUUCGGGUUUGAGUUGGAAAAGUGUGUGGAUAUGCCGGCUAAUAAUAAGACUUGCGUUUGGAGGAAGGUGGGGUAGUAGUUCCGCUGCUGUAAUUGGCGAAAAUAAUCGGAAAAUCUCACUGUUAUCGUUGCAUUACAUGACUCGAAUUAAAAAUUCUUCCCAGACUUAGUUUAAGAUUUGUACAUUCUUUACAAUCAAUUUACUCCCAUGAAUAAACUCGCCCAAAGGCACAUAGAAAUUUA